AUGCCCUGUAUGGAAGGUUAUGAUAAAUGUCUUUAUGAUUUUGAAGAAAACUUAAAAAAAUCAUAUGACAGAAUAAAAAAGAUAAAGAAAAAUGAAGAAGUUGUAUAUGAACAUACAAAAUUAGAAGAUAGUGAAAUAAAAGAAAAGAGAAUAUAUUUGUUGGGUUUAAAUUAUGGAGAAUAUAUAUUGUUAAGGGGGAAUUUUCGUUUUAGGCUCAUAAAAGGGCUAGCUAAUUUUAAUGGGGAAAUAGUAAAACCAUCUAUAGAAUAUAAAAAUGUUCAUAUACCUGACUUUAGCCCAAUGAUUAAACUUAUAGCCUUAAAUGAUAUGAAUAUAAAAUGUGAAAAUGGAAUAUUUAAAACAAUUUUUCAUGGAAAUACUAAGGAAGAAAAUAAAAAUAAAACAGAUACUAAUAUUUCUAAUACAAAUAUUCAUAAUGAGGGGAAUAUAGAAAAGUGUAACGAAGACGAUCGUUCUAUUAGUAAAUCAACAACACAGGAUAAGAAUGAAAAAGGUGAUGAAAAAAAUUCUGAACAUUUUGAUAAAUGUAUGAACGGGAGUAAAAAUAUUCCUGAAUGUUCAGAAAAAAUUUUAGAAAAUUAUAUAUAUUGUUUAAAUAUGCUAGAAAAGGGUGACAUAAAAAAAGAUGAAUUUUAUGAAUAUUUAAACAAUUUUAAAGUAAACAAAACAGAAAUGAUAAAUAAAUUUGCAAGUAAUUGUAUGAUGGAUACAAUAAAUAUGAAUUUUGAGAACUUUCCUAUAAUUAUUGCAUUUGAAAAAAAAAAAAACUUUUGGUAUAAUUUAUAUAAUAGUGACCCCAAAAAAAUUAUAAAUAUAACUAAUAGUGCAAAAAAUAAUAGUAUAUAUAUUAAUAGUUAUCAAAUGUCUUAUAUCGUCAAAGAGUUUAUGCUCUAUACACACAAUAAAAAAAAAUAUAAAGUGGAAGAUAUUUUAAAAAAGAUCGAAGAAGAAAGUAUAUCUCGAAAAUUGCCAACUCCAUUUGAUGAUUUAGAAAAUAAAAAGGAAAGUAUACUAAAUUCAGAUUGUAAAGAAAAUGAGUCAAAUUUGCGUUCAUACAAAAAAUCGAAAGUAGAAAAUGUGAAGAGUAAUGAAAAUGUAAAUAGCCCAGUAGAGGUAGAAAAGACAAAUUACAAGAUAAAUGAAAAUGAUAAAAAUGAUUUGGGAAUAAAAAAUAAAUUAAAAACAGAGGAAUAUUUAAAAAAAUUAAAAAAAGAAAAUAUUUAUGAAGAAAAAAUGGAAAAUAAUAAAAAUGAGCAAUCAAAAUUUGAUAUAGUUUCGAGUAUAAUUAUAAUGGGUGAUAAAGGAAAGGGAAAAAGUUAUUUUGUUACAAACUUUAUAAAUAAUUUAUUAAACUAUAAUAAAAAUGGGGUACUAUUAUUAGACAUUGAUGUUGGUCAACCUAUUAUUGGGAUAAGUGGGUUUAUAUCUUUAUAUAAAAUAAAAAGCCAUUUGAAUAUUUAUAAUUUUUUUUACCCUAAAAAAUUUAAAUGUAUUAAGAAAAUAUUUUUUGGUAGUUGUUCAAUUAUGGAUAAUCCAAAUCAUUUUAUUAAAUGUUUGGAGCAGAUAUAUGAUUAUUUGUUUGAUGUAUAUUUGAAAAAAAAAUUAGAAAAAAUAAAAGAGAGAAAUAAUUCAAAUAAAAUGAAUAAUAGUAAUAUAAAUAUAGGGGGAUGUUUAUAUCCAUUAGUUGUUAACACAUUUGGGUGGAUAAAAGAUAUGGGAUUGUUUUUACUAAAUUUAAAUAUUUUAUUAAGUAGAGCUGAUUUUAUAGUGCAAAUAGAUUCAUUAAAAAUAGAGAAAAGAAUGAAACAAUUAUUUAGUAAAGAAAACUUUUAUGAAUAUAUGUUUAACGAUUUUUUGAUUACGCAUAAUGAUAAAAAGAUGGUAGAAAUGGAAGAACAAGAAAUGCAUUGUGAAAAACGAAAAAAAAAAGUAAAAAAUAAGUAUAUUAUAUUUAAUUUGAAUAAUAAACAUGUUAAAUUAAUUGCAAAAGAACAUUCUAUAUUUAAUACAAUAAUUAAAUAUAAUUAUGGAUUAAAUGAAUCUGAUUUAUUGUUUUAUGAUUGUUCAAUGUCUUUUAAAAAAGAAGAAAAAAUAGAAACCGAAAAGAAGGAUAAUAAGAAUUAUAUUAAUAAGCAACCUUAUAAAAAAAAAAUGUAUAAUAUGGGUAAUAAUAAUAAGAGUGGUUUUACAAAAUUUAAUGAAAGUAAUAAAGAUGUAUUACCAUCACAUAAUGAGCGAGGAGAAUGGAGUAAUACAAUGAGACAAUAUAACAAUUAUGGAUUUAUUGAACAAAACCAAAAAGGUACUAAAGAUUUUCGUGAUUAUUGGAGAACCUAUUGUUAUAAGCCAUUGCUAGAUUAUACAGAUAAUAGUAUUCUUUAUAAAAAUGAAUCAAGAAUAAGACACACUAGAUAUCGUACUUAUUUUUAUAAACGUUAUCAAGCUGUUAUUAAUCCUAUGAUAAGUAAAUAUAGGAAGAAUGAAUCUAGAUAUCAUAUUGGGGGUGAAAUAAAAAAAUUAAAUAAUUUAAAAAAUUUUGAAAAAACAUAUUAUGAUAAUUUUUCGAAUAAUGAUAAAAAUCGUAUGUCUAUACAAUCUACGGAGAACUCUCCAUUUUUAGUGAAUAAUAAAAACAUGGGUUUUGAAAAUAAAACAGAUAAUUAUAUAGACAAUAAUGAGAGUAUAAAAAAUUAUGAUGAUUAUAUUAAAAAGAUUGAAAAUAUAUUUGAAAAAAAAUGUAUAAGAAUAAUAAAUUUUGUAAGUUAUAAAAAAAAUAAUUUUUACGAAAAUUUAAAUAAAGUUAUUUCCCAAAAUAAAAAUGUUCCUAUACUUCCAAAAAAUUUAAGAGCAUAUCGUUUUUUUUGUUUUUUCUUUUAUAAAUUUAAAAAAAUUAUAUUUUAUUUACAUAGUUUUUCACCCUAUGAUGGGAUAGAUGAUUUUUUUAUGAAGCAUGAGCAUCGAGUAGCUGAAUAUGUAUUUCAAGUGAUUGUUAAGAAUGAAGAAGUAGGAAGUGAUAUAUGUUUAAAUGUAGAGAAGGAUACCCAGAAUUAUAGCUAUAUGGAAGUAUUAAAUAAUAGCUCGAUGGAAAAAGGAGAAAUAGUGGGUGAUUCAUUUUGUAGCGAUAAUAAUAAUGAGGGAAAUAAAAGUUUUUAUGAAUUGAAUGAAUAUAAAGAGGGGGAUAAUUUAAAUGAAAUUGAUGAUGAGAAAUUGGAUGAUGUCAAAAAUGACGAAAUAGAAGUUGAGAACACACUUUGGAAUGAUACAAUUUAUAAAAGUCAUUUUUUAUUUAAUUGUGUUAUAUUUGAUUUGAAAAAUAUAAAAUUAAGUAAUAUAGCAUUUAAUAAAAAUAGUAAUGAUAUAUAUGAAGAAGGAAAUUUUUUGGCUUAUAAAUAUUUCUUUAAUAAUAUUAUAUGUUUAUGUAGUGAUAAUAUAGAAAGUAAUAUACAUAGCAAAAAUGAUGAAAAACAUUUAGGGAAUAAUAAAAAGUUGAAUUAUAAUAUUACUCGUUUAGAUAUAGGUACAGAUUUUGAAAAUAUAAAUUCAUUUAUUAAAAAAACAGAGUUAGAAAAAAAUAAUGUUAAAAUAGUUGAUAUAUCCGAAAAUUUUACACACAUAUUAACAGCAUAUAUUAAGUUGAUAGAUAAUAUGAAGCUUAUAAUAUAUUUGCCAUAUUGGUUCACCAAUUUUGAUAUACUUAAAAAUGUAAAUACGUUUGUUUCUGGAAUGAAUUUAAUACCUUAUAACAUAAAUGGGAUGAUUAAUAAUUAUCCUUACUAUGUAGAUAUAGUAAUUGCGAAGGAGGAUGAGAUAUUUAAAUUUUUGAAGGACGAUAAGGAGAAGGAAGUAGAACAACCCGAUGGAUAG